AUGAAAAUUUGGUUUUAUGCAUACGCUUCUGUGGUGACCUUUUUCUGGGUAGCUACAAAAUUGGUGAAUUGUCAAGCUGCAAUAACUGGACAAUGGGAUUUUGUAGGACAUUCAGGUGUAUCUAGCAUGCAUGCCAUCCUUUCUCCUAAUACAAACAAAAUAGUGUUUAUUGAAAGAGUAGAAUUAACCACAAAUGUUACAAUAAAUGGAAAGCCUACUUACUCUGUAGAAUAUAAUCUUGAUACAAAUGAAAUAAGAGCUUUGACUACAUUAUCUAAUACUUUUUGUUCUGCAGGGUCUUAUAUGAAAAAUGGGACUAUCCUAAAUCUAGGCGGUGCAGAGGCUCAAAAAGGUUUUGCCGAAGGGUUUAACCGGGUCAGGUUGUAUAAUCCUUGUGAUGAUGGAACGUGUGAUUGGCAAAAUGAUGUUAAUAAUCUUAAUGCGAAAAGAUGGUAUCCAACCGUCGAACAGUUGGCUGAUGGUUCUUUAUUUAUCAUUGGCGGUUCAACGCAAGGUGCUGCAGUUAAUAAUGCAACUAUAAAUGUAGCUAGCUAUGAAAUCUAUCCUUCGGCUCCUGGUGAAACGUCCAUUCCAUUACAAUUUUUAGUGGAUUCUUUGCCAAACAAUUUGUAUCCUUGCGUUCAUCUCUUACCUGAUGGGACACUUUUUAUUAUGGCGAAUCAAAAGGCAAUUGUUUAUGAUGUCAUAUCUCGGCAAAUUAAAACAAAUCUACCCGACGUUCCUAGAGCAGCACGAAACUAUCCAUUGACUGGUGCAUCUUCAAUCUUACCGUUAGAUUCUAGCAAUAACGCAGAAAUUCUUGUUUGUGGAGGUGGUAAUCAAAUUUCUCCUUCUAAGACCGUAGGUGAAUUUAGCUGCGCACGUAUUUCACCUACAUCAAGUAAUCCCACUUGGGAAAUAGAAGAAAUGCCCUUUGGCCGAACAAUGCCAGAUAUGACCAUUUUAGCAGAUGGCACUAUUCUGAUUCUUAAUGGCUGUAAUAAUGGUACUGCCGGUUUUAAUAAAGGCAGUGAUCCAGUACUCACUCCAGUUAUAUAUAAUCCUAAAGCGCCAGCUGGUUCGAGAUUCACUAAAAUGCAACCAUCAUACAUUCCCCUAUCAGGAUCAAACCCAAAUAAUAAACCAAAUGUUGAUGGUCCAUAUCCGACUGAAUUCCGUGUUGAAACAUUCAGCCCACCAUAUUUAUUUACUGGGGUUCCACCUCCUAAGAUCCAACAGGCACCUAAAGAUUUAAAGUAUGGUCAAUCUUUUGAUAUUAAUUAUGUAGCUUAUAGCGGUACUCGCAAGAUGACCGUCAACUUACAUCAACCCGCCCCGGCUGGUGGUGCUAUAGCUCCGCCCGGGCCGUAUUUAUUGAACAUUUUAGACAAUGGUAUACCAGCAAAGGCGGCUUGGGUCAUGUUAUCAUAA